AUGCCGCGCAAGGCCUCAUCCACAUCAGAUUCGCGCCUAAAAUGGCGCAAGCGGAAGCGCAACUCCAACGCGUCUCCAUCCAAGCCCUCCACCUCCUCCGCCGCCGCGGCCGACCACUCCGACGAGUCCGACUCCGCCGCCGCGAACGACGACGAGUACGCCGCUGCGGGGGACGGGGCCGACGACGACGAGGCCCCCGCGGACGCCGCCGCGGCGUCCGAGGACCCCGUGCUCGACCACCGCGAGGCGGAGGUGCUGCCCACGGCCGAGCCCAUCUCCGCCUUCCCCGCCGCGAAGCGCCGCGUGGUCAACCGGCCGCACCAGUCCGUCCUCGCCCUGAUCGCGGCCGAGCGAUCUGCUUAUUCCGGCGACAUCACUGCUGCGGCGCCGCCGCCGGUGCUAGAGAACAUCUCUCACGGGCAGCUGCAGGUGCUCUCUGGGGUGCUUCCGGACCACCCAUCCCUCACCACAGACCCCAACAAGACGUCCUUGUAUGUGUGCACCCCGCCUCCCCUAAUGGAGGGGCAUGGCGUGCCCAAGCAGUUCCACGGUCGUCUCCAUGUCGUGCCAAAGCACUCAGAUUGGUUCUCCCCCGGGACUGUGCAUAGGCUGGAAAGGCAGGUGGUUCCACACUUCUUUACAGGGAAGUCUCCAGGGCACACCCCGGAGAAGUACGCCAUGUUAAGGAAUAAAGUUAUCGCCAAGUACUUGGAGAACCCAGGCAAGAGGCUUGCUUUUGCCGAGUGCCAGGGGCUUGUUGGGAACACAGGUGAACUGUAUGAUCUGAGUAGGAUCGUUAGGUUCUUGGACACUUGGGGGAUCAUUAAUUACCUUGCAGCUGGGUCAGUGCACCGCGGCCUGAGGAUGGCAACAUCGCUUCUAAGAGAGGAACCAUCAGGGGAAUUGCAAUUGCUCACAGCACCAUUGAAAUCAAUCGAUGGUCUGGUUUUGUUUGACCGGCCGAAAUGUAGCCUCCAAGCGGAGGACAUUUCUUCGAUGGCAUCAUCUUCAUCAAAUUCGGAGUUGGUGGAUUUUGAUGCUGCAUUUGCAGACUUGGACGGGAAGAUUAGGGAGCGUUUGUCUGAAAGCUCUUGCAGUUAUUGCUUACAGCCUUUGCCAAGUUUGCAUUACCGAUCACAAAAGGAGGCAGAUAUUGCUCUGUGCUCUGAUUGCUUCCAUGACGCGAGAUAUAUUACUGGGCAUUCUAGCUUAGAUUUCCAGAGAGUGGAUGGGGAUAAUGAUGGAUUGGAAAAUGAUAGUGAUAAAUGGACUGAUGAAGAAACAUUGUUGCUGUUGGAGGGCAUUGAGAAGUACAAUGACAACUGGGAUGACAUUGCAGGGCAUGUUGGAACAAAAUCAAAGGCACAAUGUAUUUACCAUUUUAUUCGGCUUCCAGUAGAAGAUGGUUUGCUAGAGAAUGUUGAGGUAUCGAAUGGAUCCAUGCCAUUUAGAGCACAAAGCAAUGGUUUUCCACAUUUAGAUUCAAAUGGCAGCACUUCAGGGAUACCAGUUCAAAGUUUUCGACAUGGAAACGAGCUUCCAUUCAUUAAUUCUUCUAAUCCUGUCAUGUCGUUGGUUGCAUUUUUGGCCUCUGUGAUAGGACCAAGAGUUGCAGCAUCAUGCGCACAUGCAGCAUUAUCUUUUUUAACAAGAGAUGAUGAUCCCAGGCUCAGUUCAGAAGGCAUGCAUGCUGAUGGCAGGGGCAAUGGUGCAAAUCCUAUUUUUCACAACCAUAAUGGUGCUUCACCAGCCAUUUCUCCAGAAAAUGUGAAACAUGCUGCCAUGUGUGGUCUGUCAGCAGCAGCAAUGAAGUCUAAACUCUUUGCGGACCAAGAGGAACGUGAAGUCCAAAGACUAGCUGCUACUGUAAUAAAUCAUCAGUUAAAGAGGUUGGAGUUGAAAUUGAAGCAGUUUGCGGAAGUAGAGACUUUGCUCUUGAAGGAAUGUGAGCAAGUGGAGAGGGUGAGACAGCGGAUUUCAGCUGACCGUGCCCGGAUGAGGUCAGCCAUGUUGGGUUCUACUGGAAUGCCUGGAAGCAGUAGCACCAUGCCGUCAAAUCCAGUAAGCAUGAGCCCCAGACCAGUGGGUGUGCCGGGCUCCAUGCCUCAGGCCAGCAUGCCAACCGCAUACGCCAAUAACAUGCAGGGACAUGGUCAUCCCCAGAUGCCUCAGAUGUCAUUCAUGCAUCAGCGGCCGCAGAUGCUCUCUUUCGGUCCUCGCCUUCCACUCUCGGCAAUCCAGACUCAACCAUCGCCACAGGCAUCAAACAUCAUGUUCAACUCUGGCAUGCCCAGUUCGGUUACUCCUAACCACCAUCAGUUGCUGAGAUCGUCUUCUGGAAACAAUUCUAGUGCAGGAUAGGGAAUACUUCAUAAGAAUUUUACUCAGCUUAGUUUCACCAGCUGUAGCGUUAUAUGAUUUAUAAACACAUCAUUGUAAUUCAUUUAGACAGUGUCCUGUGUUGGUCAUAUAAGUGUUUAUUUAUUAGGUCCCGUGACUCCACUGGGCUGCGCCGUUUGUUUGAUAUUCGCAAGGUUGUUCACGAUCACGAAGGUCGUAAUGCAAACCAAACUAGUCAGUGCCUUCCCCUCCCCUGGAGGUGCCAAA